AUGUCUUGCGAAGGCAAUGAUCGUGUGGCACCACCACAACUCAAUUUCACUCUCGAAACAGAGAGUGGCUUUAAUAACAAACAGUAUGACUGGUCAAGUGCCGAGAUUCAGUCACAACUACCGACAGAUAUUCUGCUAAUAACAGAAAAAGAUCACGAAUCGAAUGCUUGUUAUUCGUAUAUGAAUAAUGUUCGACGUGGUUAUUGUAAAGAGCUUGGGUGUAUAGAUUUUGGUCAAUUUGGCGUGAAGGAUGAUCAGAAAGUUGCAUUAAUGAAAUUUAAACUGGGAUCGAAUAAGGAGGGUUUGUUAGCUGUGAAAAAUGCUGCUGAAAUUUUAAAGCCAAAAGUAGUCCUGUUUGUUGGGAUCUGUGCAAGCAUGAAAACGGACAAGAAGGUAAAACUUGGCGACGUUGUCGUUUCCGCAAAGUUAGGGACUAAAGAUAAAAAAGUUAUGCCUGAUGGCACAGUGAACUAUUGCGUUGCAAAAGUGAGUGAAAACAUGGCUCCUCUUAUUCUAAGUGCAGCUGAUGGUUGGAAACCACCGUUAAAAGACCCAAGUAGUUUAAACGUCGAGGUUCAUCGUGACGCUGUAAUGUUAAGUGGCUCAGAUAAAGUCGACAAUUGUAAAAGACGAAAAGAUUUGGCGUAUUAUUGCCAAGAUGCACUUGGUCUUGAAAUGGAGGAUGCAGGUAUAGUGACUAUAGUGAAUAAAUAUGACAGCAGACAGCCUGUUAAAGUCGAAUUAAAUAGAACAAAGUGGCUAUUCGUACUGGAAUGUGGCACCCGAUUCUUACGUUACGUAAAGUAGCAAUAUAAAUAUUUUUUGCAACAGCUUUUAGCCAGCUUGCCGCUAGCGUAUUCGGCAAAGGCGUUGCGUGCGUGCCAAGUGAAACGAGGUCGGCUCCGGAUUUAGUUUUAGCCGUCGGUUUUCUGUUGACUUAGAAAUUUUUCUUAAAAUAUUUUAAAUUUUUCCCCCCACUUUUUUUAACUCUCAAAUAGUUUAUUAGACCUUUAUUGGUUAGGGACUCCAGACUGCAGAGUAUAGCAGUUUUCAACAAGAUCUUGGGUGCGCAAUCGGGCCGCACCGGAAGUGCGGGUGUGCAAAACUGCCCAAAAAUUCUCAGGUGCGCCUGCUCAAGUGCUCCAUGAAAAAGUUGAAAUGGUUGAAAGGGUUGAGGGGCGCCUAGUUCACAAUGUUAUUUAUCAAUACAUGUACGUCUUAGUAUGUAGUCCACUAAUUAAAAAUGCAUUAAACACAAUGUGUUGAUCAACUGAAUGAACUGAGGUAUACUGCCUAUACACUGGAGUUAUAUUUGAAUAUAUUUAGCUCAAUGGCACUGCAUAUUAGGACUGUGUUGAGCAGGUCUUAUAUGUAACAACCUAUUCUAAUGAUUUCUGUGUAUGUUGGUGUUAUGUAGUCAGGUGAAUAUGAUGUUUGUGAUUUUACUCUGAGUGUGCAUCCACACCGGGCAAGCUAAAAAGUUUGCCUGACCACAGUGGGAAUUGAACCCGCGACCUUUGGGAUACUAGCUAGUCCUCUCUAUAAUUUUGAAAGUUCUGGAGCGAUGUUUUCUUCGUAACAUGUGAGAGCACCGUGCGACUGUUCUAGGGGCUACAUCAUCUAAAAAACCUGUAUUGUCUGGAGUCCCUCAAGGUUCUAUCCUGUUAGCCUGCGAGCAGGCUCUCUGGGUGAAAGAGAGCCUGCAAGGAUCCCUAUAAUAUUUACGUGCAUGCGUCCAAUAUUUGGACGCAGAGCUCUGAUUGGUUGAUAACUGAUUCAAAUGAAGUGAUUGACAAGCUUCCAUAAACUACACUUCCCGUUUGUAAAACCAAGUAACGCAAAGCUUCGGAAUUGCGGCAAUGUAGAGAUAAAAGUGUCAUGUAUUUUGUAUCCUUGUUGACUUUUUAUAGAAUUAAUAUAGUAUUCAUAUAAAGACGAAUACUAAAAGCUUGCAUGCUUUAUUGUGUCCUGGGCUUGUCUGACUAACUGAUUUCUAGGCUACGGAAAAGACUGAACAAAUUCGCAAACCAAAACCUAGGGACAAGGCAUUAUAUCGCUUCUCUUUCAUGAAACAAUAUUGAGAAUUAUUCUGAUAAUAUUCAGUGCAUAUUGUUUGUAUUAAGCUUGUUUUACAAUGUUAUACUGACUAUUUAAUAUUUAUAAGUAUGCGGCGUUAAUUAAAAUGUACAGUAAUUUACUCGUCACUUUGUUUACAAUAAUUAUCACAUGCAUGUUGACUGUAAUUCCACCUUUUGUUGCAAAAUGUGAACUAUAAACAUAUUAUUAAAUUAUGUCCAAUGUCCAUGGUAUAUCAUAUAUGUCUAUGUCUCACCAAAGCCAUAAAUUUCAGUAAGUUAUAUUGUUACUAUACUGUAUAUAUAUAUAUUUAUUGCAGCAUGAAGCAAUUCCAAACAACUGAAUUAGUUAGCGGGUAAUAUACAACUUUAAACUUACUGUGCCUACCGAAACACAUGUAGAUUGUAAUAAAAAGUACAACUUGAUAUAUUACACUGUAAAACCUUGAGCCGUUUUAACUUUUUUAGUAUGCCCCAGUGGCAGUCUGUAUACGAAACUAACGAAAGAAUACAAUAUAAAUGGAGUUCAGCGUUUAUCGGUUUAUGUUUACAAUAUUGAAGUGUAUUUCUGGUCUGCGCUGAUUGGUUGUUAUUAAUUGACCUGUGACAUCUUAAUUGAAGGGCGGCAGGCAAUCAUCAUAGGGAUCGUUGCAGGCUCUCUUUCACCCCAGAGAGCCUGCUCGCAGGCUACUAUCCUGUAUCCAAUACUCUUCCUCCUUUAUGUUAACAUGCAACCUACCUGAUGUAGUGAAUAAUGCAAAAGUAGUUUCUUUUGCUGACGACACAAACUUAUUCAAGUGUGUCGAUUCUCACAUAUACAGUGCCUCGAUUCAAAGUGAUCUUGAUAAUCUUGAGGAGUGGCGACUUCUUCUGGACUUGUAUUUAAUCAAACUAAAUGCAAGUGUCAGAGAAUUACCAUGA